AUGGCCGCCUCGUUAUCUUCCUCCUCAUUCGUUCCUCUGCUACUCCUCUUCCUCACCAUCACCGUGGAGAUGAGACCUUCACCCCACCGAGACGACAAACAGGUCAGGUUACACUCUGUGUUUGGCUCUCAUCUCUCAUCUCUAAUCUUGGCUCCGCCCGCAUCUAAUGACACCACAGAAGGAUCGGGUGGACACCCCGCCUCCUUGUCCCCCUCCCACGGUGCUGCGAGGGGAUUGGCUGACGGGAGCCGGGAGGCGGUCCCUCGGUUCUUCCUCGACUUCCUGCGGCGGCAGAACAAGAUGAGGAGGCGGAGCCGCAAGUCGAUGGUGGGGGGGCGGGGCUGCUUCGGGAUGAAGAUGGACCGGAUCGGCUCCAUCAGCGGGCUGGGCUGCUAG